UUAGAAAAGGUAUCAGCUCAUAGGAGGGAACAGCAUCGCGAGGCAGCAGGAAGAGGAGGAGGAGGAGGAGGAGAGAGAGGAAAAAAAGAGACGGAGGAAGAGGAGGACAGCAGAGCUGCAUUCCAUCCUUCCUCCAGAGCACGAGCCCGAGGCGCUGAAGCGAGGAGCCACCUGCAGAAAUCAGAGAGAAAAAAGAGAAACAAAAGCUAAAAAAAAAGAAAAAAAAUCUCGCGCCUCCAGCAUGCUGCGGAUUUAACAGGCGGAGUUUGCGCGCGCCUCGACCGGGACCGUUCUCCUGCAGGGUGGAUGAGCGCUCAAACACACAGAGAUGCAACAGAUAAAGAGCCUCGCGCUGCUUUUCCACGCGCUUUUCUGGGGAUUCGCCCUCGGAGGGUCUCCCAGUGUUCAGAUAGGUGGCUUGUUUCCCAGAGGAGCGGAUCAGGAGUACAGUGCAUUCCGGAUAGGCAUGGUUCAGUUCGCCACGGCUGAGUUCCGACUCACUCCACACAUCGACAAUCUGGAAGUGGCGAACAGCUUCGCCGUGACGAACUGCUUCUGUUCGCAGUUUUCCAGAGGAGUUUAUGCUAUUUUUGGAUUCUACGACAAGAAGUCGGUGAAUACGAUAACAUCAUUCUGCGGAACGCUGCAUGUUUCCUUCAUCACCCCCAGCUUCCCGCUGGAUGGCACCCAGCAGUUCAUCCUCCAAAUGAGGCCAGACAUCAAAGGGCCUCUGUUGAGCCUUAUCGAGUACUACAAGUGGGACAAAUUCGCCUACCUAUACGACAGUGACCGAGGACUGACCACCCUGCAGGUGGUGCUAGACACAGCAGCGGAGAGAAAAUGGCAGGUGACGGCAAUAAACGUGGGCAACAUGAAGGACGAGAGGAAGGACGAGGCUUACCGGUCACUCUUCCAGGACUUGGAGAACAAGAAGGAGAGAAGAGUCAUCCUGGACUGCGAGCAGGACAAAGUUAAGGACAUCAUGGAGCAGAUCAUAACCAUUGGGAGGCAUGUGAAGGGAUAUCACUACAUCAUAGCAAACCUGGGCUUUGUGGAUGGAGACCUGUCCAAAAUCCAGUAUGGAGGAGCCAACGUCUCAGGCUUCCAGAUCGUGGAUUUUGAAGACCCUUUGGUGUCCAAGUUUGAUCAGCGCUGGGAGGCUCUGGAGGAAAAAGAAUAUCCUGGAGCUGAUAGCAAGAUACGGUACACCUCAGCGCUGACCUAUGAUGCGGUGCAAGUGAUGACCGAGGCCUUCCGUUACCUCCACAAGCAACGUAUUGACAUUUCCCGCAGGGCCAAUAACGGGGAUUGCCUGGCUAACCCGGCCGUGCCAUGGGCGCAGGGAGUGGAGAUCGAACGUGCCCUCAAACAGGUUCGAGUUGAAGGUCUGACCGGCAAUAUUCAGUUUGAUCAGUAUGGGAGGAGGGUUAAUUACACAGUCAAUGUCAUGGAACUGAAAAGCAAUGGCCCAGUUAAGAUUGGUUACUGGAAUGAAGUCGAUAAGAUGGUGGUCACAAAAUCAGACCUUUUCCCCAACGAUACAAUGGGUCUGGAGAACAAGACUGUAAUAGUGACCACUAUUCUGGAAGCACCGUAUGUGAUGCUGAAGAAGAACGCUGAUCUCUUUGUGGAUAAUGAGAGAUAUGAGGGCUACUGUGUAGAUCUGGCCGCCGAAAUCGCCAAACACUGUGGAUUCAAAUACCGUCUGAAAAUAGUGGAGGAUGGAAAAUACGGAGCCAGGGAUGCUGAGACAAAAAUCUGGAAUGGAAUGGUUGGAGAGUUGGUUUAUGGGAAAGCUGACAUAGCUGUGGCUCCAUUGACCAUCACCUUGGUCAGAGAGGAAGUGAUAGACUUCUCGAAGCCCUUCAUGAGCCUGGGCAUUUCCAUUAUGAUCAAGAAGCCACAGAAGUCCAAGCCUGGUGUGUUUUCGUUCCUGGACCCGCUGGCCUAUGAGAUCUGGAUGUGCAUCGUAUUCGCCUACAUUGGAGUGAGUGUUGUGCUUUUCCUGGUCAGCCGCUUCAGCCCUUAUGAAUGGCACACAGAGGAGUACGAGGACGGCCAGAUCCAGACAAACGAGUCAACAAAUGAAUUUGGGAUAUUUAACAGCCUCUGGUUUUCUCUCGGAGCCUUCAUGAGGCAAGGCUGUGAUAUUUCACCCAGGUCACUCUCUGGCCGUAUCGUUGGUGGAGUGUGGUGGUUCUUCACUCUGAUCAUCAUCUCAUCCUACACAGCCAACCUGGCUGCAUUCCUCACUGUGGAGCGGAUGGUGUCCCCCAUUGAAAGCGCAGAAGAUUUGGCCAAACAAACAGAGAUCGCUUAUGGAACAUUAGAUUCCGGAUCUACCAAAGAGUUCUUCAGGCGUUCUAAAAUCGCCCUCUUUGAUAAGAUGUGGACAUACAUGCGCAGCGCUGAGCCGUCCGUGUUUGUAAAAACGACAGCGGAAGGUGUGCUGCGCGUGCGGAAGUCCAAAGGGAAGUACGCCUACCUGUUGGAGUCGACCAUGAACGAAUACAUCGAGCAGCGCAAACCCUGCGACACCAUGAAGGUCGGCGGCAAUCUGGACUCCAAAGGCUACGGGAUCGCCACGCCCAAAGGAUCCUCAUUAAGAAAUGCGGUUAACCUCGCAGUACUAAAACUGAAUGAGCAAGGCCUGUUGGACAAAUUGAAAAACAAAUGGUGGUACGACAAAGGCGAGUGCGGCAGCGGGGGAGGUGAUUCCAAGGAGAAGACGAGCGCGCUCAGUCUGAGCAAUGUGGCUGGCGUCUUCUACAUCCUGGUGGGCGGCCUGGGCCUGGCCAUGCUGGUGGCUUUGGUCGAAUUCUGUUACAAGUCGCGGGCCGAGGCCAAGCGCAUGAAGGUGGCAAAGAAUGCACAGAACAUUAAUCCCACUUCCUCGCAGAAUUCACAGAAUUUUGCCACUUAUAAGGAAGGGUACAACGUGACCUUUUCGGAUGCGAUGAGGAGCAAAGCGAGGUUGUCUAUCACUGGUAGUACUGGAGAGAACGGCCGCGUGAUGAGCCCAGAGUUUCCUAAAGGCGUGCCCGCCGUACCCUACGUCCGGCCUGGCGUGGGCAUGAGCGUCAGCCUAACUGACCUGUCCUGAGGGAUAAGACCCUGUCGAGUGCCUUAAACAAUGGAUUUCAAUAGAGCAAGUUCUUUCCCUCCCCCCCUUCUCUUUUCUCUCUCUCUUUUUUCCCUUUCUCUCUCUCUGUUUAUCUCACCCUAUUUAUAUGAAUGGGAAAAAAAGACAUUGUCCCUCCUCCAGCCCUUUGAAUAGACUCACAAUGCUAUCCCAAUUACAUCUAUCCCAACACAAUAGGGCCGUAUGUAACGGGUGACAUCAUUCCCCCAGUCGCGGAGAGGAGAAAAGUCGACUGAUGGAAGUUUGCACGGCAAAGAUUCCCCACGGGCAGGAAAGCAGUCAUCGUCUGAAGAUUACUUGUGUUUUUGUGUGUUUGUAGCUACUUCCACACCCCCAGAACCUUCAUGUUGGCUCAAGCACACUUCAUCAGGAUGUGCAAUGUUCUUUUUAUUAAUAAAACAAACACAAAAAACAAGUAUAAAAAAAGUAUUUUUUAUGUAUUUUCACACAAAAAAGGCUUUUGAAGAGAUCUGCUUACAUACCAGUUGCAUAUAUACUUGUACAUCUUUAAUCUCUGCGUACUUUUAAAGCUUAGCUAUCAUUAGUUUCAUACUUUUUAAAUGCCAAAUAUAUCGCUUAUCAUGUAAUUUAUUCUUAGUCUGACAAAGUUAUAACUUAAACUCAUUAACGUUUUGGUGUUACGAUGAUAUAAAAUAUCUAGCAAUGCUUGACAUUUGGAAUCUGUUUCUAAUAGUGGUGCCGCAUAUGUUAAUAUUGAUUUCAUCUCUCUGUUUCUUUUUUUAUUUUUAUUUUUAUUUUUUUUUGUGCGAAUCUGAUUGUAUUUUCUUUCAGCAAAGAUCAGGGUAGCAAUUCUGAUGAUUAAAAAAAGAAGAUGAAAAAAGUGAGUUUACAAUAUUAAAGCAAAAAAGAAAAAAAAAGUACCUUAUUGUAUUAUUGCAUAAUGUUUUGGUGUGAAUUGAAUAGACGCAUACACAUCAACAAACCGGUCUGUUUAAAAUGCCAAAUAAGUGAGUGUGCCAAAUUAUUACUGAAUAUAGUCUUAUUAUAAUCUGUCAUCAAUGUGAAUGUAGUAAAUACAUUCUGUAAGUUUUUGUAACUAAAUGUACAGUUUGAUGGCCUACACAGUGACUCGACAUCCGAUUCUCUAUUUAGCUUUUUAUUUUUCAUUUGGUUUACAGUUCAGUACUAAUAGCAUCAUUUUGUUUUGUUUACUUUUUUUGGAUUUGUUUGUUUCACCCUCGUAUUUCCAUUUCCAUGAUGACGCCGAGGUCAUAUCCUACUUAUAGCUACACGCAGAUACUUCAUUAAAUUAAUUAAUGAACUGUUAAAACAUUUAACCAUCUGGGCUCCAAAUCGCCUCUGUUUGUUUGCUGUUUACAGUAGGCCUGUGUUGUGCUAUUGGACAGUCAAUUGGAAGUCCACAAUGAGCACUGUUGGUCAAUAUUAUUAUGAUGUAUAAAAAUAAUUUAAAAUUAUACCUAAUAACUGUAACAUGUAGGUAUUGCCCAUCAUGAGAACAUAUACUGUAGGUCCUCUGAAUCUUAAAGGUGAACUUAAAUAUUUGCACAUUUGGAGAUUUUUGUGUUUUUGUUUUCUUUCUUUGUUUUAUUUUCCUUUUUUUUCUCCAUCAUAUAUAAUCCCAUUGGUUUUUGCCUUGUCUCUUUUUUAAUACAAGAGCAAAUGUGUACCUAAUAAUAUCACUAAUAUCACUCUUACUGCUCAGUCAGUUUCGAUCAAUUCAAUCUCGUUUUCAGGCAGUUCUGUCACUUUGUAAAUGAAUGUGUGCCAACUUGUUUAUUUUUUGGGAAUCUUUCUAAAUAAAAAGUGACUAAUAA